AUGAAGUCAUUUCUGACACUUCUUCCUGCACUCUUUCUUACUGCUUUGGGUUCUCCCAUCUCAGAGGACUUCAGCAAGAGAAAUGAUCGUGGCUCUGAGACCGUGUCUGGCAUCGGCGCUCAUAAGACUGCCAUCUUGAAUGCCGGUGGAAAUACACUCGAUCUUGCUAUCGCCAUGCUCGAAAUCAAAACCAUGAACACCGCCGACUACCCCUACGGCGACGGAAAGACUUAUGAUGCCGCCAAUUUUGGUCUGUUCAAGCAGAACUGGGGCAUGCUUCGCGUAUGCGCCUCUCGCUACGGAUUCCAAGGGCAGUCUCAGGAUGACUGGAACAAUGGCGCGAGGUUGAACUCGGAUGUCUAUGCCGAUGUCGCAUCUCGUUGGGAUUGUCAGGGAUACUAUGGCUAUGACAAGUGGUUUGGCGGUCAUCGUGAUGGAGCAACUGGCCUGGCUAAUCCUUAUACCCAGGAUAUCACCAAUUACAAAAAUGCUGUCGAGUGGAUCCAGCAACAGAUUGAUAGUAACGACCAGUACAAAUCGGAUGAUACCCGGUUUUGGGUCGAUAUUCCUCCUAUUUGA